GACACGGCGGGGAGGGACGGACCAGGAAUUAUUUUUAUUUCUUUGUUUCCCGGGGAAAAAAAAAAGGAAAAAAAAGGGAAAAAAAGAAAAACAAACCCAGAAAAAAAAGCCCCGCGCUCGGUAACCCCCGCGGGGGCGGAUGGUGCUGCCGUGAGCGGGGCGGGCCGGGCCGGGCCGGGCCGGCGGGAUGAAGCGGCGGAGCGCGGACUGCAGCAAACUGCGGCGGCCGCUCAAGCGGAACCGCAUCACCGAGGGCAUCUACGGCAGCACCUUCCUGUACCUGAAGUUCCUGGUGGUGUGGGCCCUGGUGCUGCUGGCAGAUUUUGUGCUGGAGUUCAGGUUUGAGUACCUGUGGCCCUUCUGGCUCUUCAUCAGGAGCGUGUACGACUCCUUCCGCUACCAGGGCUUGGCCUUCUCAGUGUUUUUUGUGUGUGUAGCAUUCACGUCCAACAUCAUCUGUCUGCUCUUCAUCCCAAUCCAGUGGCUGUUCUUUGCUGCCAGCACCUAUGUGUGGGUACAGUAUGUGUGGCACACAGAAAGAGGUGUGUGCUUACCAACAGUAUCACUGUGGAUACUUUUUGUUUAUAUUGAAGCAGCCAUUAGAUUUAAAGAUUUAAAAAACUUCCACGUGGACCUCUGUCGUCCAUUUGCAGCACACUGCAUUGGCUACCCCGUUGUGACUUUGGGCUUUGGCUUUAAAAGUUACGUCAGCUACAAGAUGCGCCUGAGGAAGCAGAAGGAGGUGCAGAAGGAGAACGAGUUCUACAUGCAGCUCCUGCAGCAGGCUCUGCCCCCAGAGCAGCAGAUGCUGCAAAGGCAAGAGAGGGAGGCAGAGGAAGCAGCCAAAGGAUUAUCUGAUAUGGAUUCCUCAAUACUCCUGCAGCACAAUGGAGGCAUUCCAGCCAAUAAAAAAAUCUCUGCAACGUUGCCAGAGCUGGAAUAUCGAGAAAAAGGGAAAGAAAAGGACAAGGAUGCAAAGAAACACAACCUUGGAAUAAAUAACAACAUUUUGCAACCUGUAGACUCUAAAAUACAAGAAAUUGAAUAUAUGGAAAACCAUAUCAAUAGUAAAAGAUUAAAUAAUGAUCUUGUAGGAAGUACAGAAAACCUCUUAAAAGAGGACUCAUGCACUGCCUCGUCCAAAAAUUACAAAAAUGUCAGUGGGGUUGUGAACUCCUCACCCCGCAGCCACAGUGCAACCAACGGGAGCAUCCCCUCCUCAUCCUCUAAAAAUGAGAAAAAACAGAAAUGUGCCAGCAAGAGCCCGAGCACACAUAAGGACUUAAUGGAAAACUGUAUUCCUAAUAACCAGCUAAGCAAACCAGAUGCACUGGUAAGGGCUCCUUGUUUCCACCAACAGAGAGCGCAUCGCUACAGAGGCGCCGCUGUCCUUUGUGCCCCCAGGUUGGAGCAGGACAUCAAGAAGCUGAAGGCUGACCUGCAGGCCAGCAGGCAGGUGGAGCAGGAGCUGCGCAGCCAGGUGAGCUCGCUGAGCUCCGCCGAGCGCGGCGCGCGCGCCGAGACGGGCCAGCUGCGCCAGGAGAACGAGCUGCUGCAGAACAAAUUGCACAACGCUGUACAGAUGAAACAAAAAGACAAACAAAUGAUCAGCCAGCUGGAGAAGAAGCUAAAGGCAGAGCAGGAGGCACGAACCUUCGUAGAAAAACAAUUAAUGGAAGAAAAGAAGAGGAAGAAGUUGGAAGAAGCAACUGCAGCACGAGCUGUGGCCUUUGCUGCUGCUACCAGGGGGGAGUGCACCGAGACCCUGCGGAGCCGCAUCCGCGAGCUGGAGACCGAGUGCAAGAAGCUCAGCCUGGACAUCAAACUGAAAGAGGAUCAGAUCAGAGAGCUGGAAAUCAAAGUGCAGGAGCUGAGGAAGUACAAGGAGAACGAGAAGGACACCGAGGUGCUGAUGUCGGCGCUCUCGGCCAUGCAGGACAAGACCCAGCACCUGGAGAACAGCCUGAGUGCAGAGACCAGGAUCAAGCUGGACCUCUUCUCUGCUCUGGGAGACGCAAAAAGGCAGCUGGAGAUUGCCCAAGGGCAGAUCCUGCAGAAGGAUCAGGAGAUCAAGGAGCUCAAACAGAAGAUCGCAGAGGUGAUGGCAGUGAUGCCCAGCAUCACCUACACCGCAGCCACCAGCACUCUGAGCCCCGUGUCCCCACAUUACUCUUCCAAAUUCGUGGAGCCCAGCCCCUCUGGACUCGACCCCAACGCCUCUGUGUACCAGCCCCUGAAGAAAUGAGGGCAUGCCAAGGUUCUCUGUGCCCCCAGGGGUCUCUUUGCAGUCAAGAUGAAAUUGUUUCGUGUGGGACUGUGUUUGUUGUCAUUUCCAGCAGGAGAAAGGAGCGUUGACUAGAACUGCCCAUCGGUUUUUCUUGUAAAUUUUUAGAAAACCUCACAGAACUUCGCGAUUUAUUUUCCUCGGCCAACGCAUUAAAAACGAUUCUUGGUUUUCAAGUAGCCAAUUUUGCCUUUUUAUGUACUCUUGCAUGGUUUCCUCUUGAAAAAAAAAAGAAAACAAAACAAAAAACCACAGGGCUUUGCUUGGUUUUGAACCCUUUCUCCUCAGUUUUUUUUAUUUAAUGAUCAAAUUGGAUUUGCAGGUUCACGCAGUGAGGAAAAGCCUUCAGGUUUCCCAGUGAAAGGGUUAAAGGACCCAACAAAGCUUUGAUUUCCAGAUGUGUGAAACACAAACACGCGGCGUCGCAGAAGAUAAUUUGAUUUCCCCCCCUCAAAGGACCAAACAAAUUCCAGGGGCGUUGUUUAAGGGAAGGAAUAAAGGCUAGCUGAUGAUGUGA